AUGCGGGCGAUUAAUCCAAGAAACACACAGCACACAAAUCAAGUUCUCGAUGAUCAAUCGGGGCAGGACUGCAAUGCACCCAUUGCGAAUCAGGGGAGUAACCAUCGACUUCCCCACCACCAUUCUGGAGACCAACACUGUUUUUCUAAUUCUACCAAUACUGUGAGCAAUGGCAACAACUUGCCUCCAUUGCAUCACAUUCCUAUAUUACCUGUCUCUGCGGCUCUUUCUAAUGGAGAUGACCGAUUUUACUAUGGUGGAUUCAACUUCUAUGAUUAUCACGGCCCUCCUUCAUCAGCAAACCCUCCUCCACCAACCUUUGAUACAUCAACCACUGAGAAUAACCAUAACCAAUACGUCGAGCAUCAGAAUCAUGGCACCACAGAGCCUGAGGUGCAGCUACUAGUAAAACAAAUGAGCCAGGUCGACGAACCGUUGUCAGAUGGAACCAUCUUAAGGCGUCUAAAAAUAAAGACCUAUGUUAAAUCUGCACAUCAAGUAAAUCUGAAAGAGACCGCAACUGUGGAUGAAGAACCAGAAACAUGCGUUAUAUGCCAAGUUGAGUAUGACAACAAUCAGAAAAUUGGUACCCUUGCAUGUGGACAUGAAUUUCAUGAAAUGUGCAUAAGGAAGUGGUUACAUCAGAAGAAUGAUUGCCCCCUCUGCAGAGCUACAGCUUUGCCUUCAUAG